AUCAGAGAUGGAACAUCCAAUUUAAGUCGGGAUUAUUCGUUAAUUUUAGAAAAAGGCUCAGCAUUAUCCCGUAGCAGCAUAAAGGAUAAUUUGCUAAACAUAAGGUGAAAAACAAGGAUUCCUCUAAUUUUCUUGAAGAAAAAUAGUGUUGUGAAAGACCGAAUUGAUUGAAAAUGGAGGUCGAAGUAGAUUCACAGCAGUGUAUCCUUGAUUUAUCGAAGAAAUGUCUCAAAAAGAUUCCGAAGACCGACGAUGCACAGCAGUACAAAGUGCUGAUAUUAGAUGACAACGAACUACAGAAGAUUGACAAUAUCGAUUCGUAUCUCAAAAUUGAAAAGUUAUCGCUUUGUAAAAAUCAACUGCUUCGAAUGUACGGAGUUUGCCGCUUACACUGUCUACGGGAGCUGAACUUAUCAUACAACGGAAUUUUAACAAUUGAAGGAUUAAAAGAUUUGACUCAUCUAACACAUCUUAAUCUCGAAGGAAAUAAUAUUAAAACGAUUGAGCAUUUAAACACAAACACUAAUUUAGAACACUUGAACUUAUCUGAGAAUAGCAUCGCCAUCAUUUCGGAUAUAUCCUUUUUGAAGAAUUUGAAGGAGCUUUAUAUGAAUGGUAAUCGAAUAGCUCAUUUGAGACAAUGCGAUAAAUAUUUGCCUCUGUCGCUCGACACGUUAACCCUAACUAAGAACAACAUUUCCGAUCUGAAUGAGAUUUGUACAUUGAGUCAUCUGAACAAUCUUAAUAGUAUCACAAUAGCGGAAAAUCCUUGUGUGCAAAUGACAGGAAACUCAAUUGGGUUCGAUUAUCGUCCGUUUGUCUUAAAUUGGUGUAUGAGCGUUAAAGUCAUCGAUGGAUUCGUUGUCACGGCAAUAGAAAGCUUGAAAGCCGAAUGGCUUUAUAGCCAAGGCCGUGGCCGUCAAUUUCGUAUUGGAGAACAAAUAUCCUUAGCUCGCUAUCUGAGCACAGUUUGCCCUUUAUCUGGGGAAGCACUGGAGAAUGAGAAUGAACGUAAAUUGAGAUUGAUCUUGAGUAAGGCACAACAGCACCAGCGUCAGCUACAGGAGCAACAUUCUAGUGGAUGUGAUGGGACUGCGUCACCAGCAAACAAUUCACCGUCUUCUUUGAGACGAAAAGGGCAAACCAGUCGUAUACAAUCACCGAGAGUGACACGCCUCAGUGGUCGCCAAAGUUCACCUGACACCAUGUCUAGUAGUUAUCAUGGUAAUGUUUCCUGUAAUUCAAUGACUUCCAGCCAGAUAGAUAACUCCAGUAACAGUCCGCUGUUCGAGCUUACUAAAUCUUUGAUCGAUAACAUUACUUCUGAUAAUAUUAUGACGCAAAGUCUAGACCCAAAUAUGCUAAACAACAGCAACAUUAUUAAUAAUUCUCAAAACACUCUGAUGAACGAGAGUAUUGGCCCAACGAAGCAAUCAAAUGCUGGUGGAAAUAAUCUUUAUAACGAUCAAACUACAGCAACACAGGUUCUGAUGGGUGGUCCACUGGCAGCCGCUUCCAAGAUGGUUCCUGUACCUGAAUCUUUGAUGAGUCCCGAUUGUGGGCCGACCACUUCGCCUGCCACUAUAGUGCAACGCAAUAUGCAGAAUUGCGCUAACCAGCCGCAGCCCCAAACACCGCAGAUUCCGAAGGCUAUAAAAACCAAAGACAACACGCGUGCUGCAGGCAUACCGACAAACAUGGUGAAGAGUUCUAGUCCGAGGCCAACAAAACGUAGCACCUCAACAAACAACAGCACUAGUAACAGUAUUAGCAGUGAACGUUCCUCGCCAUCUUUGUCCCCCCGAAAAACCAUGAUAAACAUUAACAAUAGCCAGUCACGGCCACAUUCUGCUCAAUCUAAGCAUUCGAUUAUUACGGCACAGACUAAUGUGGUUGACGGUGCUCCCAGCAAUGCCGUUAGUUCGGAUGAAGAUAGCGAGGUGAUCAACAUUGAUAAACUGAAAACGAUACGCAAUAAAGCAGCCCAACAAAGUGGUCAAAUUUAUAUGAAAGCACAGGACAAGGAUACUGUGGACAAGACUUCAACCGUUAACAACAAAACCACCGAAAACUCAGCGAUACUCAUCCAGAAAAUAUGGCGUGGUUAUAUGACUAGGAAACGAGGCCAAAGCAUUGCGGAAGUUUUACAGAAGAAGCGAACACAAGAUUACAUUCUGAAGUUAACCAAAGAUAUGGAAAUGACAAAGACGGCUCUGGAGAAUGAGCGAAAAAUACAGCAGCUCCAAAUGCAAGCCAUCAACGCUUUGUGGAAGAAGGUUUCUGCUAUGCAGCCAUCACAAUCGGCUAACGGAACGACGGACACACUGAAGCUUGAUGUCAUUAACAAUGGCAAUAAUUCGGUGCUAGUGGUCCAGGAUUUAACGAAAACAUGCUCCAUGUUGAUGAAUCAAGUUCAACAGCUGCAGACAUCUGUGAAAGAUAUUGUUAACUGUAUGCAGUUCUUCGCUAGCAUGCCACAAAAUGCAAAUACAACGUGUACAAAGGAUGCUCGAAAUGUUAAAGACAGUUGUGAAACGCAAACGGAAAUCAUUGCCGUGCACACACCCCAGGUAGAGCAGCUGCCAACAUUUCCAUUCCGAACAGUCAGCACGAGCAGCUUGGAUCGCAAAUUGGCCAGGCCAUCAACGUUACCGAUAAGCUCUUCGGAAACAUCACCGAAAAUAACUUCCCAGGAAGGUAAACCCAUCAUUGAGGAAGGGGAUAUCAAGGAAGAUGACGGCACGGAUGAAAUGGUGGUCGAAAUCGAAGCUGAUCCUGGCGAUACCGAAGAAAACGACGAUGGUGAGCAAAAAGAGCAAGACGAAAAAGAGUUGGAAAGUAGUGAGCGCUUGCAGAAGAGAAAUAACUAACUAUAAAGAAAUUGUAGAUCUAGCUACAUGUAGUCAUCGAUGUCGAUCUCCACAAGCAUUAGACUGUGUGUUAUUUUACUCCAGUUCAAAGUACUGUUUUAUUUUGUUAAUUAUUUUUAAGUAAUAUAUAAGUUGGCACUGAUAUUCAGACUACGCUUCAUAAUCGUACUCAUAUGAAUAGUUUUGUUUUUUAAUAUAUCAAAUAAGUUUGUAUUUCAGUUUUAAACUACAUAUUGUUAUUAAGAACAUUCCGACAUUCUACGCAGUCAAAAUACUGAAAUUCUGCUGGGUGCUUGAGAAGCUUUCGAAAAUGAACAUAACAAAUAGAACAAUAUAAAUAUUGUCUUUUCUCCAAAUAAUAUACAUUUUUACUGAAGAGUUUAGCAUAAACUAAACGUCUUUCUGAAUAAGGUCAAUAGUAUAAGUUUCCGCGAAACCCUUGGAUGAAGGAUAUUACCUAUUCACAACAGUAUUUGUUCUUUGUUCAUGGGACAUAUUGCAAGAUGCAUAUAGUGCGAGAGAAACAGAAUGUAAUUGAAAAACACAAAACCAUGAGAAAACAAGUGCACUGAAUAAUUAUAUGAACUAUAAAUACUGGUAAUUUGCUUCGUACACUUUAGAUGUUAUUAUAAAACAAAGAUAAAAGCCAAAAAUAAAACGCAAUUUUCUUAACUUUUUAUUCUCUGAAUUGAAAA